AUGGUGGAGGUGCCGCGCAACUUCCGUCUCCUCGAGGAGCUGGAGAACGGCGAGAAGGCGCUGGGGUCAAACCAGAACGUGUCGGUCGGCAUUAACGGCACCGACGACAUUUACCUGCACAACUGGAACGGUACCAUCGUUGGCCCACUCGGCACGACAUUCGAGCACCGCAUCCUCUCACUAGAAAUCUACUGCGACGAGGACUACCCAAGCAAGCCGCCGCACAUUAAAUUCAUCAGCCGCGUAAACCUCCCGUGUGUUAAUGCUGACGGCACGGUUGACAAGGCGAAGUUCCACCUCUUCAAGAACUGGGAGCGCCGCUACACCAUGGAAAACUGCCUCGCCGAGCUGCGGCGGGAGAUGACACAGCCCGGCAACAAGAAACUCCCGCAGCCGGAGGAGGGCUCGAAGUACUAA